CCGCCGGCGGAGGGGUGGGGGGCGGGCGGGCGAGGGAAGGAGGGGCGAGGAUUACCCGGGGCCGAGCGGGCGGCGGUGUAGCGACGCGAGGAGCCGUCGCCAUCGCCGCAGCUGCCCGCCAGCCUGGAGAGAAGGCUGAAGAAGGAAACAUGUCUUCUGAUUCUUUUUGUCUGUCUGCUCAAGCAAGAUUUGACUCCAAAUGGUUGAAGACAGACUUGCAGCUUGCUUUUACACGAGAUGGACUAUGUGGCUUGUGGAACGAAAUGGUAAAAGAUGGGGAGAUUGUAUAUCCUGGAACAGAAUUAAUACAAAGUGGUGAACUACCUCCAAGAAAAGAUGAUAGCACUGAAUGCCAAAUUGCAUCAAAGAAAGAAGAGCAAAAUGACAAAGAAAAGAAAGAUGAAGAAGAUUCUCCACUGCCCACUUACAGGGCCAAAUCGAUUGUUGAGAGUUGGGUGUGGGGCAAACAACCAGAUGUGAAUGAAUUGAAGGAGUGCCUUCAUGUACUAGUGAAGGAACAGCAAAGUCUGGCCACACAAACUGCUACAACAGCCCUAUCAGCUAUGAGGCUAAAACAGCGGCUAGUUAUCCUGGAACGAUAUUUCAUUGCUUUGAACAGAACAGUUCUUCAGGAGAAUGUCAAAGUAAAGUGGAAAAGCAAUAGUGUUUCUCUGCCUGCUAUGGAUAAGAAAAGCCCAAGACCUGUAGGUAAAGGUGUAGAAGGACUUGCACGAGUUGGAUCCCGGGCAGCACUUUCAUUUGCAUUCGCUUUCCUUCGUAGAGCCUGGAGGUCAGGUGAAGAUGCAGACCUGUGCAGUGAAUUGUUACAGGAAUCACUUGAUGCGCUGCGAGCUCUACCGGAGGCGUCCCUUUUUGAUGAAGGGACUGUAUCUUCUGUAUGGCUGGAAGUGGUAGAAAGAGCUACUAAAUUCCUAAGGUCUGUUGUGACUGGAGAUGUGCAUGGAGCUCCCAGUACCAAAGGGCCAGGAAACAUUCCUUUACAAGACCAGCACUUGGCACUUGCCAUAUUGCUUGAACUGGCAGUGCAGAGGGGUACACUAAGCCAAAUGUUGUCUGCAGUGAUGUUGUUGCUUCAACUUUGGGAUAAUGGAGCAAGGGAAACAGAUAAUGAGCGAUCUGCGCAGGGAACAAGUGCACCCCUUCUACCUUUGCUACAAAGAUUUCAGAGUAUAAUAUGUAACAAAGACAUGCCCAAUACAGAGGAAGAGAUUCAGCUCCUCACUUACCCUCUAAGUCCAAAUGAAAGUUUUCUAAGGUAUCUGACUUUGCCACAGGACAAUGAGCUGGCGAUUGAUCUGAGACAAACAGCUGUGGUGAUCAUGGCCCAUUUAGAUCGUUUAGCCACCCCAUGUAUGCCUCCUCAGUGUAGCUCUCCUACAUCUCAUAAGGGAUCGCUGCAAGAGGUCAUUGCUUGGGGAUUAAUAGGAUGGAAAUAUUAUGCUAAUGUGAGUGGUCCAAUUCAGUGUGAAGGCCUGGCCAACCUUGGUGUUGUACAGGUUGCCUGUGCAGAGAAACGCUUUCUGAUAUUAUCUAGAAAUGGAAGAGUUUAUACACAAGCGUACAACAGCGAUACUCUGGGACCACAGCUGGUGCAGAGUUUAGCUUCCAGGAAUAUUGUGAAGAUAGCAGCACAUUCAGAUGGGCAUCACUAUCUGGCUUUGUCAGCAAAUGGUGAAGUUUUCUCUUGGGGUUGUGGAGAUGGUGGAAGACUAGGUCAUGGGGAUACAGUCCCCCUGGAGGAACCUAAGAUGAUAUCUGCUCUAUCUGGGAAGCAAGCUGGAAAACAUGUUGUUCAUAUUGCAUGUGGAAGUACCUAUAGUGCAGCCAUAACUGCUGAAGGAGAGCUGUAUACAUGGGGACGAGGAAACUAUGGCAGACUUGGUCAUGGUUCCAGUGAAGAUCAGACCAUCCCAAUGCUGGUCACGGGGUUAAAAGGACUCAAAGUUAUCGAUGUGUCCUGUGGGAGUGGAGAUGCUCAGACCCUUGCAGUUACUGAAAAUGGUCAAGUGUGGUCUUGGGGUGAUGGAGAUUAUGGAAAACUGGGAAGAGGAGGCAGUGAUGGUUGUAAGACUCCCAAGUUGAUAGAAAAACUUCAAGAUCUGGACAUUGUGAAAGUUCGCUGUGGGAGUCAGUUUUCUAUUGCAUUAACCAAAGAUGGCCAGGUCUACACCUGGGGAAAAGGUGACAGUCAGAGACUUGGGCAUGGGACAGAAGAGCAUGUUCGAUAUCCCAAACUGCUGGAAGGCUUGAAGGGAAAAAAAGUGAUAGAUGUGGCAGCUGGAUCUACCCAUUGUUUAGCACUGACUGAAGAUAGCGAAGUGCAUAGCUGGGGGAGCAAUGAUCAGUGUCAACAUUUUGAUACUUUGCGUAUCACCAAGCCAGAGCCUGCAGCUCUCCCGGGAUUAGACACAAAGCAUAUAGUUGGAAUUGCUUGUGGGCCUGCUCAGAGUUUUGCUUGGUCAUCAUGUUCAGAAUGGUCAAUAGGCUUGCGGGUGCCUUUUGUGGUGGAUGUUUGCCCCAUGACAUUUGAGCAAUUAGAUCUGCUACUAAGACAAGUGACAGAGGGAAUGGAUGGAUCCUCUGACUGGCCCCCUCCUCAGGAAAAGGAGUGUAUGGCUGUGGCAACAUUAAAUCUUCUGAGGCUUCAGCUUCAUGCUGCCAUUAGUCAUCAGGUGGAUCCAGAAUGCCUUGGCUUAGGUUUGGGCAGUAUCCUGCUCAAUAGCCUGAAACAGACUGUGGUAACGUUGGCAAGCAAUGCUGGGGUCCUUAAUACAGUGCAAUCGGCUGCUCAAGCAGUGCUGCAGAGUGGAUGGUCUGUGUUACUGCCAACAGCGGAAGAGCGGGCUAGGGCGCUCUCAGCACUCUUACCCAGUGCAGUUUCAGGAAAUGAAAUGAACGUAAGCCCAGGACGUAGAUUUAUGAUUGACCUCUUGGUGGGCAGCUUGAUGGCUGAUGGAGGCUUAGAGUCUGCGCUAAAUGCUGCUAUCACUGCAGAAAUUCAGGAUAUUGAAGCAAAAAAAGAAGCACAGAAAGAAAAAGAAAUUGAUGAACAAGAAGCAAAUGCAUCAACGCUUCAUAGGAGCAGAACUCCAUUGGACAAAGACCUUAUUAAUACUGGAAUCUAUGAAUCUGCAGGAAAACAGAGUUUACCAUUAGUUCAGUUAAUUCAGCAGUUACUAAGGAACAUAGCUUCACAGACGAUAGCCAAACUAAAAGAUGUUGCUCGUCGCAUUUCUUCCUGCAUGGACCAAGAACUUUAUAGCAAGGAGAGAUCUGCUUCUCUGGAUCUGUUACUCCGUUUUCAGCGUCUGCUUGUUAGUAAACUUUACCCAGCAGAUUGUGUUGGACAGGUCCCUAAUACAUACAGUCCCGACCUCUUAGGUGUAGGUUCGUUACUGAAGAAAUACGCUGCUCUUCUGUGCACACACAUUGGUGAUAUACUUCCUGUGGCAACCAGCAUUGCUUCUACUAGUCAUAGGCAUUUUGCAGAAGUAUCUCGUGUUGUGGAUGGAGAUUUAACAGGCAUUCUUCUUCCAGAAUUGGUGGUUUCUAUAGUGCUUCUCCUCAGUAAAAAUGCUGGAUUAAUGCAGGAAGCUGGUGCUAUCCCUCUGUUGGCUGGCUUGCUAGAACAUCUGGACAGAUUUAACCAUUUAGCCCCUGGAAAGGAAAGGGAUGACAAUGAGGAUUUAGCAUGGCCAGGAAUAAUGGGUUCAUUUUUUACUGGCCAGAGUUGCAGAAAUAAUGAGGAGGUGACACUUAUACGUAAGGCUGAUCUAGAGAACCAUAACAAAGAUGGAGGAUUUUGGACAGUGAUCGAUGGGAAAGUGUAUGAUAUAAAGGACUUCCAAACCCAGUCUUUAACUGGAAGUAGCAUACUUGCUCAGUUUGCAGGUGAGGACCCAGUUGUUGCUUUGGAAGCUGCUCUGCAAUUUGAGGACACACGGGAAUCCAUGCAUGCUUUCUGUGUUGGCCAAUAUAUAGAGCCUGACCAGGAGGUGAUUACAACACCAGAUCUCAGUACUUUGUCAUCACCUCUAAUAGACACAGAACGGAAUUUGGGUCUUCUCCUUGGACUGCAUGCUUCCUACCUGGCAAUGAGCACACCGCUCUCUCCUCUGGAAAUUGAAUGUGCCAAAUGGUUGAAGUCAUCUAUCUUUUCUGGAGGCUUGCAAACUAGUCAGAUUCAUUACAGUUACAAUGAGGAAAAAGAUGAAGACCAUUGCAGUUCACCUGGUAACACUACCCCAAAUAAAUCAAAACUAUAUACACAUCGAUUAACUUUGAGUGACCAUUCACAACCUUUCCUCCAAGCUAUUGCGGAUAAUAAUAUUCAGGAUCACACCGUGAAGGACUUCUUGUGUCAAAUAGAAAGAUACUGUAAACAGUGUCACUUAACAACACCGAUCACGUUCCCUCCUGAGCAUCCUGUGGAAGAAGUAGGACGUCUGUUACUAUGUUGUCUUCUAAAGCAUGAAGAUUUGGGUCACGUAGCACUGUCUCUUGUUCAUCCUGGUACCCUUGGAGUUGACCAAGUAAAGCACAAAACCUUACCAAAAUCUGUAGUGGAUGUGUGUCGUGUUGUCUACCAAGCAAAGUGCUCACUGAUUAAGACCCAUCAAGAACAAGGUCGUUCUUACAAGGAAGUCUGUGCUCCUGUCAUUGAGCGUUUGAGAUUCUUAUUCAAUGAACUACGUCCUGCAGUUUGCAAUGAUCUCUCUAUAAUGUCUAAAUUUAAACUUCUUAGUUCCUUGCCCCGAUGGCGAAGGGUAGCUCAGAAAAUCAUUAGAGAAAAAAGGAAAAAAAGAGUGCCAAAAAAAUCUGAAUCUGCUGAUGUAGAAGAAUCCAAAAUUGGAAACGAAGAAAGUGAUUUAGAAGAAUCCUGUGUGGUGCCUCACAGUCCUGUACCUAUAGAUAAAAAGCCCAUACCAAUCAAAUCACCCAAGGAUAAGUGGCAGCCACUUUUGAGUACAGUUACAGUUGUCCACAAAUACAAGUGGCUGAAGCAAAAUGUCCAAGGCUUGUAUCCACAGUCUGCCCUCCUUAACACCAUUGUUGAAUUUGCACUUAAAGAAGAGCCGGUGGAUGUAGAAAAAAUGAGAAAAUGUUUAUUAAAACAGUUGGAAAGAGCAGAAGUUCGUCUGGAGGGAAUAGAUACUAUUCUGAAACUGGCAGCUAAAAAUUUUUUGCUGCCCUCUGUGCAGUAUGCUAUGUUCUGUGGAUGGCAGAGGCUUAUUCCAGAAGGAGCCAAUAUAGGGGAACCUCUUACUGACUGCUUGAAGGAUGUCGAUCUGAUCCCACCAUUUAACAGAAUGCUGUUAGAAGUAACUUUUGGAAAGUUGUAUGCGUGGGCUAUUCAGAAUGUCCGGAACAUCCUGCUAGAUGCUAAUGCAAAAUUUAAAGAACUAGGUCUACAGCCUGUUCCUCUGCAAACAAUUACUAAUGAGAAUCCAGCAGGACCAAGUCUUGGGACUAUUCCGCAGGCACGUUUUCUGCUGGUCAUGCUCAACAUGUUGACACUGCAGCAUGGUGCAAAUACCUUGAGCCUCCUCCUGAAUUCUGGCAUGCUGGCGUUGACGCAAACAACACUGCGGCUGAUAGGACCCAGUUCUGACAACAUUGAAGAGGAUAUGAUUACCUCUUCUCAUGGGGCUUCUGCCACGGUCCUUGAAGAGUCAAGAAAGGAAACUACACCUGUUCAGCUCCCUGUUUCUGGACCAGAGCUGGCAGCCAUGAUGAAAAUUGGUACCCGAGUGGUGAGAGGGGUAGACUGGAAAUGGGGUGAUCAGGAUGGACCCACACCAGGUUUGGGUCGUGUGAUUGGAGAAUUGGGAGAAGAUGGCUGGAUUAGAGUUCAGUGGGACACUGGAAGUACAAAUUCUUACAGAAUGGGAAAGGAGGGAAAAUACGAUCUCAAACUAGCUGAGCCACCACCUGCAACGCAACCCACAACAGAAGAUUCAGACACCGAGGAUGAUUCUGAAGGAGAACAAGUUGAAAGGAAUCUCCACCCUACUGCCAUGAUGCUGACAAGUACUGUGAACCUGUUGCAGACACUGUGUCUCUCUGCUGGUGUCCAUGCUGAAGUCAUGCAAAAUGAUGCUACUAGGACAUUGUGUGGUCUACUCCGUAUGCUUGUUGAGAGUGGAACAAUAGAUAAAUCAGCUUCCUUGCCAAAUAAAUUAGUUUAUAAAGAACAGCAUAGGAGUUGGUGCACGUUGGGAUUCAUUCGAAGCAUAGCACUCAUGCCUCAGAUGUGCAGCACUCUUAGUACAUCUCAGUGGAUAACUUUGCUAAUGAAAAUUGUUGAGGGGCAUGAAUCUUUCACUGCUGCUUCACUACAGAGACAGAUCCUUGCUGUACAUUUAUUGAAAGCAGUACUUCCAUCCUGGGAUAAAAAUGAAAGAUCAAGAGACAUGAAAUUUCUUGUGGAAAAACUGUUUGGAUUUUUAGGGAGCCUACUUAGUACUUGUUCUUCAGAUAUCCCACUACUCAGAGAAUCUACUCUGAGAAGGAGAAAGGCCAGGCCCCAAGCAUCUCUAACUGCCACUCAUAGUAGUACUUUAGCAGAAGAGAUAGUGGCACUGCUGAGGACGCUCCAUUCGCUCAGCCAAUGGAAUGGACUCAUAAACAAGUACAUCAACUCUCAGCUAACCUCCAUCACCCACAUCUUUGCAGGAAAACAGUCAGAAGGGGCUGUGUUGGAUGACUACUUUCCUGACACUGAGAAUCCAGAGGUGGGAGCUCUAAUGGCAGUCUUGGCUGUGAUUGGUGGCAUAGACAGUCGCUUGAGACUAGGUGGACAAGUAGUUCAUGAUGAAUUUGGAGAAGGCACAGUGACACGCAUCACCCCAAAAGGGAGAAUCACUGUACAGUUCUAUGACAUGCGGACAUGUAGAGUGUGCCCUCUGAAUCAGCUGAAACCACUUCCAGUUGUGGCUUUUAAUGUGAACAACUUGCCUUUCACUGAACCUAUGCUAUCCAUUUGGGCUCAACUAGUAAAUCUGGCUGGAAGUAAAAUAGAAAAACAAAGAAUGAAAUCUCCCAAUCAGGGUCUUUCAGGUCAAGUUGAUCUGGAUCUACUGCGAUGCCAGCAAUUAAAGCUGUACAUACUGAAAGCAGGCCGAGCCCUGCUUUCUCACCAGGAUACACUGAGGCAGAUCUUAUCUCAGCCGGCUGUUCAGGAGUGUGCAUUAAAUCCUGCAGAGGAUGGAGCAGUUGCCUCUCCCGACAUAGGAGAUAUGUCUCCUGAAGGACCUCAGCCUCCCAUGAUCCUUUUACAGCAACUUCUGUCAUCUGCUACACAACCAUCACCUGUGAAAGCAAUAUUUGACAAACAGGAGCUUGAGGCUGCUGCUUUGGCAGUAUGCCAGUAUCUGGCUGUAGAGUCUACACAUCCUUCAACUCCGUUAUUUGAAGACUGCAGCUCUAGUGAAUCUACAACACCCAUCACAGUACAGCAUAUCCGACCCACAAAAGUGAAGAAACGCAAACAAUCUCCAAUUCCACCCCUCCCCAUUGUAGUUCAACUUAUGGAAAUGGGAUUUCCUAGGAAAAACAUAGAAUUUGCACUAAAAUCUCUGUCAGGAACCUCUGGAAGUGCUUCUGGAUUACCAGGAGUGGAAGCCUUAGUUGGCUGGUUGUUGGAUCACCCCGAUGUUCAAAUUACGGAUCUCUCUGAUGCUGACACUAUCUCUGACGAAUAUUCAGAUGAGGAAAUAACAGAGGAGGUGGAAGAAGCUGAAGCUGCUUGUCCUGUGUCAAGUGGUGCUGUUGUAACAGAGAGCCAGACCUAUAAGAAACGAGCUGAUUUCUUAAGUAAUGAUGACUAUGCUGUGUAUGUGAGGGAGAAUAUUCAGGUGGGGAUGAUGGUUAGGUGCUGCAGAACCUAUGAGGAGGUCUGUGAAGGAGAUGUAGGCAAAGUUAUUAAACUGGAUCGAGAUGGAUUGCAUGACCUGAACGUACAGUGUGAUUGGCAACAAAAGGGUGGUACAUACUGGGUCAGAUAUAUCCAUGUUGAGCUUUUAGAGAUUUGCAACAUGUGUUUUCUCCAUGUUUUUGUCACAGCAUUUAGUGCCAAUGGAAAAGAUGUUAUUGUGGACUUUCCUCAACAGUCUCAUUGGACUGGCUUAUUGUCAGAAAUGGAAUUGGUCCCCAGCGUUCAUCCUGGAGUCACGUGUGAUGGCUGUCAGAUGUUUCCUAUCAAUGGACCUAGAUUCAAAUGCAGGAACUGUGAUGAUUUUGACUUUUGUGAAACCUGUUUUAAAACCAGGAAGCAUAAUACCAGACAUACUUUUGGCAGAAUAAACGAGCCAGGUCAGUCUCCUGUAUUCUGUGGGCGUUCUGGAAAGCAGCUGAAGAGACGGCACAGUAGUCAGCGGGGAAUGUUACUGGAUGAUUGGUCAAGGAUAGUUAAGAAUUUGAAUGUCUCAUCCUCUGUGAAUCAGGCUUCACGUCUUAUUGAUGGUAGUGAGCAGUGCUGGCAGUCUUCUGGUUCACAAGGAAAGCACUGGAUUCGCUUGGAGAUUUUUCCAGAUGUUCUUGUUCACAGACUAAAGAUGAUCGUGGACCCUGCAGACAGCAGCUACAUGCCCUCCUUAGUUGUAGUUUCAGGGGGUAAUUCCUUAAAUAACCUUAUAGAGCUAAAGACAAUCAAUAUAAAUCCUACAGACACCACAGUGCCUCUACUCAGUGAUUGUACUGAAUACCACAGGUAUAUUGAGAUUGCAAUCAAGCAGUGCAGAAGCUCUGGGAUUGAUUGCAAAAUACAUGGCCUCAGCAUACUGGGACGUAUACGGGCAGAGGAUGAAGAUUUGGCUGCAGUCCCUUUCCUGGCUUCUGAUAAUGAGGAAGAGGAUGAUGAUAAAGCUAACACUGGGAGUCUUGUCAGAAAGAAGGCAGCUGGGCUUGAAUCAGCAGCUACAAUAAGAACCAAAGUUUUUGUUUGGGGACUGAAUGACAAAGACCAAUUGGGAGGGCUAAAAGGCUCCAAGAUAAAGGUCCCUUCGUUUUCUGAAACCUUGUCUGCUUUGAAUGUUGUACAAGUAGCUGGAGGAUCCAAAAGCCUUUUUGCAGUGACUGUGGAGGGUAAAGUAUAUGCCUGUGGAGAAGCCACAAAUGGAAGGCUGGGUUUAGGAAUAUCUAGCGGAACUGUGCCUAUUCCCCGCCAAAUUACAGCUCUCAGUAACUAUGUGGUAAAGAAGGUGGCUGUUCACUCAGGUGGCCGACAUGCUAUGGCAUUAACUGUUGAUGGAAAGGUAUUUUCGUGGGGUGAAGGAGAUGAUGGAAAACUUGGUCACUUCAGUAGAAUGAACUGUGAUAAACCCAGGUUGAUAGAAGCACUGAAAACCAAACGCAUCCGUGAUAUUGCCUGUGGCAGUUCCCAUAGUGCUGCUAUUACCUCUAGUGGUGAACUGUAUACGUGGGGUCUUGGAGAAUAUGGAAGACUAGGACAUGGAGAUAAUACCACACAGCUGAAACCUAAGAUGGUUAAAGUGCUGCUUGGCCACCGAGUCAUUCAGGUUGCUUGUGGAAGCAGGGAUGCUCAGACUCUUGCUUUGACAGAUGAAGGUUUGGUGUUUUCCUGGGGUGAUGGUGAUUUUGGAAAACUGGGCCGAGGAGGAAGUGAAGGAUGCAACAUUCCUCAGAACAUUGAAAGACUGAACGGCCAAGGCGUUUGUCAGAUUGAGUGCGGUGCACAGUUCUCCUUGGCACUGACCAAGUCAGGAGUGGUAUGGACAUGGGGUAAGGGUGACUACUUCAGGCUAGGCCAUGGCACAGACGUACAUGUACGAAAGCCACAGGUUGUGGAAGGACUGAGGGGUAAAAAGAUUGUGCACGUCGCCGUAGGCGCACUCCAUUGUCUAGCGGUUACUGACACUGGACAGGUUUAUGCUUGGGGUGACAAUGACCAUGGGCAACAAGGCAACGGAACUACUACAGUCAACAGAAAACCCACUCUUGUCCAGGGCUUGGAAGGCCAGAAAAUCACUCGGGUUGCUUGUGGGUCUUCCCACAGUGUAGCAUGGACAACGGUGGAUGUAGCUACACCAUCUGUUCAUGAGCCAGUACUUUUCCAGACAGCAAGGGACCCUUUAGGUGCUUCUUAUCUUGGUGUUCCUUCAGAUGCAGAUUCUUCUGCUGCCAGUAACAAAAUCAGUGGGGCAAACAGUUCCAAGCCAAAUCGCCCUUCUCUUGCUAAGAUUCUCCUGUCACUUGAUGGGAAUGUUGCCAAACAGCAGGCAUUAUCUCAUAUACUGAUGGCGUUACAAAUCAUGUAUGCCAGGGAUGCAGUUGUUGGAGCGUUGAUGCCUGCAAGUAUGAUUGCACCAGUAGAAUGUCCCUCUUCAUCGCCAGCCCCCCCAUCAGAUGCUACGUCUGCAGGAAGCCCUGCAAAUGGAGAUGAAUGCAUGCUUGUAGGAGAUAUAGAAGAGAGGCUGAGCCCAAACCCAUGGCAGGACAGGAGAGGGGAGGUUGUUCCUUCAGAAGAUGCUGUGACACCGUCUGCUGUAACUCCCUCAGCUGCUGCCGCCUCUUCCCGUCCUUUCAUUCCAGUCACAGAUGAUCCUGGAGCUGCCAGUAUCAUUGCAGAAACCAUGACAAAAACCAAAGAAGAUGUAGAAAGUCAAAGUAAGGUAUCUGGCCCAGAACCGCAGUACUUGGAUGAGUUUACGAGUCUUCUGGUUCCAGAUGACACGCGAGUCAUGGUUGACCUGCUAAAGCUUGCUGUGUCCAACCGAGCAGGUGAAAAGGGAAGAGAUGUUCUUUCAGCUGUGCUGUCUGGCAUGGGCACAGCUUACCCACAGGUUGCUGAUAUGUUGUUGGAGCUCUGUGUUACUGAACUAGAAGAUGUAGCAACUGAUUCACAAAGUGGUCGCCUCUCUUCACAACCAGUUGUGGUAGAAAGCAGCCAUCCAUAUACUGAUGAUACCUCUUCUAGUGGCACAGUUAAAAUACCAGGUGCCGAGGGACUGAGGGUAGAAUUUGAUCGCCAGUGUUCCACAGAGCGGCGCCAUGACCCACUCACCAUAAUGGAUGGUGUCAACAGAAUUGUUUCUGUCCGAUCAGGUCGUGAGUGGUCAGAUUGGUCUAGUGAAUUGAGAAUUCCAGGGGAUGAGUUAAAGUGGAAGUUCAUCAGCGAUGGGUCUGUGAAUGGAUGGGGAUGGCGAUUCACUGUUUACCCGAUCAUGCCAGCUGCAGGCCCUAAAGACCUUCUCUCAGAUCGUUGCAUUCUUUCAUGUCCCUCAAUGGAUCUGGUUACGUGUUUGUUGGAUUUUCGCUUAAAUUUUGCUUCCAACAGGAGCAUAGUUCCUCGCUUGGCAGCUUCUCUUGCAGCCUGUGCUCAACUGAGUGCCUUAGCUGCUGGCCACAGAAUGUGGGCCUUGCAGAGACUACGGAAACUGCUCACAACCGAGUUUGGCCAGUCCAUUAACAUCAACCGGAUCUUAGGGGAUAACGAGGGAGAGACACGAGCUUUGAGUUUCACAGGGAGUGCUUUAGCUGCUUUGGUUAAAGGUCUUCCAGAAGCUUUGCAACGACAGUUUGACUAUGAAGACCCCAUUGUGAGAGGUGGCAAACAAUUGCUCCAUAGUCCUUUCUUUAAGGUGCUUGUGGCUUUGGCUUGUGAUCUGGAGUUGGACACACUCCCUUGCUGCGCAGAGACGCACAAAUGGGCCUGGUUCAGGAGAUACUGUAUGGCAUCCAGGGUUGCUGUGGCUCUUGAUAAAAGGACACCAUUACCUCGCCUUUUCCUUGAUGAGGUGGCAAAGAAAAUCCGAGAAUUAAUGGCAGAUAAUGAAAAUAUGGAUGUUCUUCAUGAGUGCCAUGAUGUCUUCAAGAGAGAACAGGAUGAGCAGCUUGUCCAGUGGAUGAACAGGCGACCUGAUGAUUGGACACUUUCAGCUGGAGGCAGUGGAACAAUUUAUGGUUGGGGUCAUAAUCACAGAGGACAACUUGGUGGAAUUGAAGGGGCAAAAGUCAAAGUCCCAACUCCAUGUGAAGCUCUUGCUACCCUUAGACCAGUGCAGUUAAUUGGUGGUGAACAGACUCUGUUUGCAGUGACCGCUGAUGGGAAACUGUAUGCCACUGGAUAUGGAGCAGGUGGUAGGCUUGGAAUUGGAGGAACAGAGUCAGUUUCUACUCCAACUUUACUGGAAUCCAUUCAACAUGUGUUCAUAAAGAAAGUUGCAGUGAACUCGGGAGGAAAGCAUUGUCUGGCAUUGUCUUUUGAGGGAGAAGUUUAUUCUUGGGGUGAAGCAGAAGAUGGUAAACUGGGUCAUGGAAACCGAAGCCCUUGUGAUCGUCCUCGUGUAAUUGAGUCUCUGAGAGGUAUAGAAGUGGUUGAUAUUGCUGCUGGGGGAGCACACAGCGCUUGUAUUACAGCUGCAGGAGACCUUUUUACAUGGGGAAAGGGAAGAUAUGGACGCCUUGGGCAUGGAGAUAGUGAGGACCAACUAAAACCUAAACUGGUGGAAGCUCUCCAGGGUUACCGUGUGAUUGAUAUAGCCUGUGGCAGUGGAGAUGCACAGACGUUGUGCCUGACUGAUGAUGAUACAGUCUGGUCCUGGGGUGAUGGAGACUAUGGAAAACUUGGGAGAGGAGGCAGUGAUGGCUGUAAAGUACCAAUGAAGAUUGAUUCCCUCACAGGCCUUGGAGUGGUUAAAGUAGAAUGUGGAUCACAAUUUUCUGUGGCCCUUACCAAAUCUGGAGCAGUGUAUACCUGGGGCAAAGGAGAUUAUCAUCGCUUAGGCCAUGGAUCUGAUGACCAUGUUAGAAGACCACGACAAGUGCAAGGACUGCAAGGAAAGAAAGUCAUUGCAAUUGCUACAGGGUCUUUGCACUGUGUUUGCUGCACUGAAGAUGGGGAAGUGUAUACAUGGGGAGAUAAUGAUGAAGGGCAGCUUGGAGAUGGAACAACUAAUGCCAUCCAAAGACCGCGCUUGGUUGCAGCACUUCAGGGUAAAAAGAUCAACAGAGUAGCCUGUGGCUCAGCACAUACUUUAGCUUGGUCAACCAGUAAACCUGCUAAUGCUGGCAAGCUCCCUACACAGGUUCCUAUGGAGUACAAUCAUCUGCAGGAAAUUCCCAUCAUUUCAUUAAGAAACAGGCUUCUGCUCUUGCACCACAUUUCAGAACUCUUCUGUCCUUGCAUUCCAAUGUUUGAUCUUGAAGGAAGACUUGAUGAAACUGGCCAAGGACCCUCGGUUGGGUUUGACACAUUACGGGGAAUACUGAUAUCACAGGGAAAGGAAGCAGCUUUCAGAAAAGUUGUGCAAGCAACUAUGGUGAGAGAUCGUCAGCAUGGGCCAGUUGUAGAGCUCAACAGGAUACAGGUAAAGCGUUCCAGAAGUAAAGGAGGACUGGCUGGACCUGAUGGUACAAAGUCAGUGUUUGGACAGAUGUGUGCUAAAAUGAGUUCCUUUAGCCCUGAUAGCCUUCUGCUUCCUCAUCGUGUUUGGAAAGUCAAGUUUGUUGGUGAAUCUGUGGAUGAUUGUGGUGGAGGUUAUAGUGAAUCAAUAGCAGAAAUGUGCGAAGAGCUUCAGAAUGGGCUGACCCCUCUGUUAAUUGUGACACCAAAUGGAAGAGAUGAAUCUGGAGCAAACAGAGAUUGCUUCCUAUUAAAUCCUGCUGCCAAGUCACUCCUGCAUAUGAACAUGUUUCGUUUUCUUGGUGUACUUUUGGGCAUUGCUAUCCGGACCGGCAGCCCUCUGAGCCUCAACCUGGCUGAGCCAGUGUGGAAACAGCUUGCAGGAAUGAAUCUAACAAUUGCUGAUCUCAGUGAGGUUGAUAAGGAUUUUAUUCCUGGGCUUAUGUACAUUCGAGAUAAUGAAGCUACUUCAGAAGAGUUUGAAGCUAUGAGCCUCCCGUUCACUGUGCCUAAUGCAAGUGGUCAAGAUAUUCAGCUGAGUUCUAAGUACACCCAUAUUACACUGGAUAACAGAGCAGAAUAUGUGAGACUGGCAAUAAACUACAGGCUUCAUGAAUUUGAUGAACAGGUUGCAGCAGUUCGUGAGGGCAUGGCCCGUGUUGUUCCAGUUCCUCUACUUUCGCUCUUUACAGGAUACGAACUGGAAACUAUGGUAUGUGGAAGCCCAGAUAUUCCACUUCAUCUCCUGAAAUCUGUAGCGACUUAUAAAGGCAUUGAACCAACUGCUUCCUUGAUACAGUGGUUCUGGGAAGUGAUGGAGUCCUUCUCCAAUACAGAGCGAUCUCUCUUCCUGCGUUUUGUGUGGGGCAGAACAAGGCUGCCCAGGACUAUUGCAGACUUUAGGGGGAGGGACUUUGUUAUUCAGGUAUUGGAUAAAUACAACCCUCCAGACCACUUCCUUCCUGAGUCGUACACAUGCUUCUUUCUCCUGAAGCUGCCCAGAUAUUCCUGUAAGCAAGUACUAGAGGAAAAACUCAAGUAUGCCAUUCACUUCUGCAAGUCUAUAGACACUGAUGAUUAUGCCCGGAUAGCACUGACAGGAGAGCCAGCAGCUGAUGACAGUAGUGAUGAUUCUGAUAAUGAAGAUGCAGACUCUUUUGCUUCAGAUUCUACACAGGACUACCUAACAGGACAUUGAAAAGUAACAUAAGAAAUAGUUGUCACAAGCACUGAGGCAAAAUGCCAAAAUGACAAUGAAGCCAAGGACAGUUUAGGUUUCAGAAUAUAGACUAUAUAGUCAGAGGGAUGGUAAUCUUCUGAACAUGGGGAAAGUGUGUUUGCUACUCACAGUAGGAGUUAAGGGUUACAGCUUAAACCAUCAGCUUAAAAUAAAUGGCACAGUAUAUGGGCAUUUAACAUUUAUUUUAAGAGCUGAAAGUGGCCCCCCAUAAUGCUGCACUGCAUUUAGAACCUUUGUGUUUACUGAAGUGUUGUAAAUGUUUAUAUAAAUAUGGUAGUGCAGCAUCCAAAAGGCAGUGAAACCUUUAAAUUGUGGGUGCAAUAGGUUUUUUUCAUAUUAAGUGUUGUGUUCUGUGCAUCUUCUUGAUUGUAUAUUGGAAAUACUGUGCAACAACUGAAUAGUAUUAUAAAUAUUUCAUUUAACUUUACUAGAAGUUUGUUAAAAGUUUUUGAACAUUGAAUAAACAUUAUUCCUUGAAAUUCUUCUAUAGAUAAUUAAAAAUGGCCAAUAGUUUCACCUCCACCCCUGGUUUGUAUAUUUUAGCUUAUGUGUUAUUUAUCUCAAAUUUGAUACUUUCUGUGAACAGCAUCAUAAUUCUUAUCAUGGAAAGUGUACUGUAUAUAAUUGGUGCCAUGUAAAUGCAGAAGUUAUAAUUUCCUUCCAAAUAAAAGUUCUGCCACAUUGAAAAACA